UGCAGUGCAGUCUCAAUGUAUUAUUUUAUUCCACCUUCCAAUGAUCUCAAUGUCUCUGUAAUCAUAGUAAUCAUCUUACCAACUUGGCUUCUCCGUCAACAAUGAUCUUCUGUACAUGCAUUUCCCAAAAGUUAAAAUUAACAAUGUUCAUCACACUUGCAUUGCUCCUAUUUAGCACAAUCUCCCUGUUUUCCCACAAAAACUCCGAUGCCGCCAAGCCCACCUAUUCCACGUUCCGUAUCAGCCCCUGAUGUUUUCGUAUCAAAUCACUCGUCUCAUCGAUCCGCUAGCUCAGCUCAAGGAACUUCCUGGUUGAAGAAAACCAGCAGCCUGUUAACGUAUACGAAGAAAGAGUCAGAAUUAACAGAACAAAGCCUCGUGGCCUUGAACAAAAGAAAUGAAGCUUUAGAGGAUAAGAAAGCUUCUCAUAGCAGUCCUUAUUAUAAAGGCCUUACUGAUUUUACUUUAGACAUCAACAAAGAGAAACUGCCUUCUGCAACGAGUCUGGCAAUAGACAACCAUGAGGCCAUUUCAUUUACAUCUAGUACACGGUCAAGUUUUAUUGUUACCAUGCAACAGUUGGGUACAUUUUGCUUGUUUUUUCGCAGUAAGGAUGAGAAAGAGAGUUCAUCCUCUGCUUCGACAUUGUCAUCGAAGCAACAGAAGGACAUUGAUUCAGACAAAGGUAAAAAGGAAGAUAAAAGUAGUUUAGUGGAAAGCAAGAGUACUUAUAUAUUAAGUAAAGAGAUGCCCAUGAGGGAGAGAGUUUCGGUGAUAACCUAUGAACCACCAGCAUUGCAAAUAUCACCACCGCGAUAUAAGCCCAUGACAGGGAAAUCAGUUCUUCCAGAAACAAGAUCAGCUACAAAGGCUUCGUUAAACGAGGAGGAGCUUAGUGGGAGUGUGGAGAGGACCUAUGUGUUCACUUGGGCAGACAAGUACCGGCCACAUAAUCUAACAGAAUUUAUCUGCAAUAGAGAAAAAGCUAUGGAACUGAAGGCCAUGGCUAAUUCACAAGAUAUCAGCCACUUCAUAUUUGAAGGGCUUCCAGGGGUAGGAAAGCGUACAAUGAUCCUGGCUUUGCUGCGUGAAACCUUUGGUGCUGAUAAAAUCAAGGCAAGAGACGAGUGCAUGGAGUUUUACUUGAAGGGAGAAGCAUUAAGCAGUAUCGAAGUAAAUGUAAAGCGAUCAUCUCAUCAUGUGGAACUUAAUAUCUCUGACCUAAAAGGGUAUGAGAAGCAUGUCAUAGUUAAACUUAUCAACGAGAAAUGUAACAAGUCAUCAGAUAGUGUGUUAGAAUCCAAUCUUGAUAACUGUCAAGUUAUUGUUCUCCAUGAAGCGGAUAAACUAUCUUCAGAUGCACUACUAUAUCUAAGAUGGGUAUUAGAAAAGUACAAGGGAUAUAACAAGGUCUUUUUUUGUUGCAAUGAAGUAUCCAAAUUACAGCCAAUUAAAACCCUUUGUAGGGUAAUUAAGCUCCUUCCACCUUCUAAUGAAGAGAUUAUGGAAGUUCUGGAUUUUAUUGCAAAAGAAGAAGGAAUUGAAUUGGCCAGCAAGGUGGCUGAAACAAUCACAGACAACUCCAAGAAUAAUUUACGACAAGCUAUACGUUCAUUUGAGGCAACUUGGAGAUAUAACGCGACUUCUCAACUGACGGAGGACCAGGAAAUUAUGACGGGAUGGGAAGACACUAUUGCAAAAGUUGCUAGGGACAUAGUAAAAGAGCAAAGCCCAAGACAGCUCUUUAUUAUCCGUGGAGAACUCCAAAAGCUUAUAGAGUACAAUGUCUCCCCUGUUUUCAUUUUUAAGACUUUAGUUGGAGAACUAAAGAGGCACUUGGAUGAAUCGUCACAAACUCAUGUCGACAUUUUGUUCAUGGAAGCCAGGAAACGCGAAGGCAUUGAUUGUGCUGCUUUCAUCCACAGUCCAACUGAAGAAAUGUGUAAAAGAAAGAAUGAUCCAUCCAGAAAAAACGUUCAUAAUUUUAUGAAGAUUGAAGAGUUCAUAGCAAAGUUUAUGAGCUGGUACAAGGUUCUAUUGACAAAUACUAAACUGCAAGACGUAAAGAUGAAGGGAAUACUUGAUGAUCUUGAUCCCACUAAAGGCGUGGCAAUAAAGUGAAGUGAAAUUACGAUGAUAUCUUGAACUUAACAAGUGGCACAAUAUUCAUUCUUCUCCGCAAAGAAGUAUGUGCACUGGCGUAGUUAGCAAACGAUGCAUUUGUUUAUUUAUAUAUUAUAAAUUCAGCUAUUGCUGAAUGAUACUGGAACAAAUUGUGACUUAUAUAGUGGAUUACUAUUGAUACAAGUCAAUAUUUUC